AUGCAUCUUACUGCUUCGAACUACGAAGACAAAGCUCUGCUUACAGAGAAUCCGUAUCGCGCCAGCCCCUUUGAGAAACCGAGUUCGACCGGCAAUGCCAUAGCCCCGGUGGAGUGGAUUGAUUUAAGUCUUCGAGAGUACACAGUCUCAUCCAUCAGCCCGUUUCAGAAACCCUGUGGGAUAUAUGCCUCGGGCCCAGGGAGCAGACACGCCUUCGUGCCAGCCCUCGGAUGCACCGUUCUGUGGUUUGCAUCGGAUGACGCCCAAGAUGGCGAAUGCCCCGUUUGCUCCUGA